AUGAGUGGGGUAGCAGUGCAAACCUGGUUGAGCAUGAUCGGUCUCUGGUCGAUGCAAGGCAUUAUCAUACACCGUAUCUGGUGCAUGUAUCGACGUUCAAAGAAAAUCCUGGCCCUGCUCGUCUGCACAUUCCUGGCUCAAGUGGCAACAUCCACUACUAUCAUAGCGCUCGACAAGGGGUCCAGCUUUCAUGACACUCUGACCUUGUCCAUCGGAGAGCUCAAUCUGUGCAUGUUCAACUGGGAGAACUCCCUCCCUUGGUACUGGGCGUACCUCGUCUUCAUCAUAGCCUUUGACUGCAUCAUCUUUUCUUUGGCCCUUGUCGAAGGGCUUCGAUUUUAUCGCCAAUCCAGGGGAGGCGCUCGUUGCGCUAGGACGGGUGAAAUAGUGAGAGCACCCACAGUCGCUGCCGCCUUGCGCCCGCUGUUCUCGGAUGGAAGCCUCCUCCGCGUCCUCCUCCGCGAUAGCAUCUUAUUCCCGUUCCUGGGUUUGAUAAUAUCGAUCUUCACGCUCCUUGCAUGGAUAGAUGUCUUACCGGUCCAAUCCACUUCAAUCCCGCUGGUCCUCCUGUCUGCGUUAGCAUCUCCAGUCCUCGGCAGCCGACUCGUCCUAAACCUCCGCGACGCCUACUACAAACCAUUUGCGGACGAAGUCAACUCUGGGCUAUGGCAGGUUGAACAACAGAUCCGGUUUUCAUCCCGGCGUGACCUGUCUUUGUCGUCUGGAGCAGACUCUGUCCCGAUGGUUGUAAUCCACUCGUGUCAUCCAUCGAAGAUAUGA